UUUUGACUAUUAUUUUUCUUAUAUUUAUUCAUAGAUUAUUCAAAUUUUAUAAUCAAUUCUUGAAAAGAACCAAGCACAGUUACCUAAGAAAAGAGGGUAAUUUUCUUUUUAACAAAGAUGUUUCCACCAAACUAAGUAACUUUUUUGACACUGGGAUUAUAUUGCCUGGAAAUUAUUUCUAAGGAGUAUUCAUUCUCAGCUUCACCGCCGCCAUUACUAUUUUUGUAUUUUUGUAAACUUCGAAGAAAUACUCAAAUUUUAAUUAAAAAUAUUAAAAAUUAUACAACUUUAUUUGGAUUUUUUGAAUUUGCUAAAGAGAAACAAGCGAAAUGGCUUUUCCCAAAAAAUCAUCAGGAGAAAAAAAGGAAUCCGGUCGAAUCCGUGAAGCUGACAAGAAACGGAUUCUUGAUGACGCUGCUCGUAAACGACGAGCAAGGAAAGCCUUGGAGGCCCUUGAAUCUGACAACUUCCAAGCUGAUCCACAUGCUGAUUUGAAAAUGAGUAAGAAGGCACCCAAAUUUGAAGAAUACAUGGAUAUUAUGAAUUCUGGAAUUGGACGGAAGAAAAAGAAGAACAAAGUGGAGCAACUGAAAAGAUGCAAAAAAUCUUUCAAUGCAUUGUUGGAAGAAGAGCAACUGGCCAUUAAAAAGACACCAAAUUACUUCUCUGCUGUGGUUCCACCAUCAAAAUUUCCAGAAAAGCAUUUCUGUGCCAUUUGUGGAUUUCCAUCUAAUUAUAAGUGUGUAUCUUGUGGUGCACGCUACUGUUGUACAAAGUGUCUUGGAACACAUCAAGAUACACGAUGCCUAAAAUAUACUGCAUGAUGAGCUGAUGAUGAAGUUCAGAAGGAGCCAUAUUUAAAGGUGUCAUUUGAAGCCACUGGAGUAAAAUGUAACAGAAUAUGACCAACAGAUACACAGUCCAUUCCAUUUGCCUGCACACAUCAGAUGAAGAAAAAAAAGAGGAAUAAACAACAGAAUUGGUGAUUUUUAUUACAAGCUACUUUUGCUGUUUUAAAUGUGAUGAAAAUAUCAGGCAAAACAGCAAAAUAUAACAUUGUUGCUGUUUCAUACUAAACUCAAUUAGUGAUGAGGAAGUGAUGAGAAACAGUUUUUUAAUCUAAAGUUGGAAUCUAUCUGACAUUGUAAAUAACAGCUUUCUUUUUUGUUUUUCAAUAAACCAAAUAAUCUUAAAAGAUUCUCAAUGA